AUGGCGCGGGAGGACGCGAUGACGCGCCCGGCGGUGGUGAUCGACAACGGCACGGGCUGGACGAAGAUGGGAUUCGCUCGAAACGUGCGGCCGUCGCACGUGAUCCCGACGUGCGUCGCGGCGAACGGGGCGACGACGAGCGGGAAGAUGAUGGAUGAUUUGGACGUCGCGAUCGGGCGGGAGGCGAUGGCGCUGUCGGCGUCGAGAGAGGUGCGAUGGCCGAUCAGACACGGGACGGUUGAGAAUUGGGAGGACAUGGAGCGGUUCUGGCAGGCGAGCGUGUGUCGAUACCUGCGGUGCGACCCGGAGGAUCAUUACUUUUUACUCACGGAACCGCCGCUGAAUCCGCCGGAGAAUCGCGAGUACACGGCGGAGAUUUUCUUUGAAUCGUUCAACGUGCCCGGGUUGUACAUUGGCGUGCAGGCGGCGCUCGCGCUCGCGGCGAGCAUCGCGAGUAAGAAGCAGAGUCAGUACGCGUCGGCGCUCACGGGGACGGUGAUUGAUAUCGGGGACGGGGUGACGCACAUCAUUCCCGUGAGCGAUGGGUACGUGUUGGGAAGCUCGAUCAAGAGCGUGCCGCUCGCGGGACGGGACUUGACGACAUUCGUGCAGUAUUUAAUGCGAGAGCGCGGGGAGAAGAUACCCCCGGAAGACGCCAUGGAAGUCGCGAGGAAGGUGAAAGAGGACCACUGCUACGUGUGCAAGGAUAUGGUGAAGGAGUUUCUGGCGCACGAACGAAAGCCGGGUGAACACGUCGUGCAGAUUAACGGCACGCGAGGAAAAACCGGCGAAAAGUGGUCGGCGGACGUCGGCUACGAGCGCUUCCUCGCACCCGAGGUGUUUUUCAACCCAGAGAUUUACUCUUCGGAUUAUAUCACUCCACUUCCCGAGUUGGUGCACCAAGCUAUAGCGUCAAGUCCGAUCGAUACGAGACGCAACUUGUACGGGAACAUCGUGCUGUCGGGCGGAAGCACCAUGUUCAAGGGGUUUGGGAAACGCAUCAAGCGAGACGUCAAGCGAUUGGUAGACGAGCGCAUUGCGGCGACGACCAAGGGAGGGACGUUGACGUCGAAGGAGGUGGACGUCGAGGUGGUGACGCACAACUUCCAACGCACCGCCGUUUGGUUUGGAGGUAGCGUCCUCGCGUCGACGCCAGGUUUCUAUUCGAGUUGCGUCAGCAAAGCUGAUUACGAGGAACAUGGUGCGAACAUCGUUAGACAAAAUCCCGUUUUCCGUGGAAUAUAG